UGAGGAGUUUCGAAAACAAUUAAAGGAAUCCAUCUUAGACAUGAAUGCGCCAUUACUUAAGUAGUUUCACUAUUCACAUAAACGAUGUGACGCAGUUGCCAGUUUACUCUUAGAACCUUUAAAAUCGUGUUAAUGUUCUGUCUCGCUUCUAAAAAAACGUCUCUGAUUUUGGUGAACACCUAAAUCUCUUUAUUCCCUCCUUUCCUUGCUUUUUUUCUUCUAUCUUUCCAUAUUCUACACGGACAGCACACGAUUCAUCACGGAGAAGAUAAGGUCUCCAGUCUACUAUGGAUGAGGAGAGAGAGGAGGGGGGGUCCUGCCUCUAAAACCAUUCCGUCUGGGGAACAUGGCCGCCAGAGCAAAGCUAAGAGCCCAGAGCAGCAGGAGAGAGCAGACUCCCCUGAACCAACUGUGUCUCCAUGAAGAGUGACAGCUCUAUGGAUCAUCCUCACAACUUUAUAGAUGGAAAUCUGUCUUUUGAGAAGGGGUGAUGAUUUGUCAAAGAUUAUAAAACUACAGCAUCUAUCAAAUAUCCAUAAAUCCUGAUUCUUGUUUUUGUAGAAGAGUGCUGCAGGAGAGAGCAGACUCCCCUGGACCCAGCUGUGUCUCCAUGAAGAGUGACUGGUCUAUGGAUAAUCCUUGGUACUUUAAAGAUGGAAAUCAGUCUACUGAGAAGAGAAGAGUGCAGCAGGAGAGAGCAGACUCCCCUGGACCCAGCUGUGUCUCCAUGAAGAGUGACGCGUCUAUGGAUCAUCCUCAGAACUUUAAAGAUGGAAAUCAGUCUAUUGAGAAGAGAAGAGUGCUGCAGGAGAGAGCAGACUCCCCUGGACCCAGCUGUGUCUCCGUGAAGAGUGACAUCUCUAUGGACUAUCCUCAUAACUUUAAAGAUGGAAAUCAGUCUAUUGAGAAGAGAAGAGUGCAGCAGGAGAGAGCAGACUCCCCUGGACCCAGCUGUGUCUCCAUGAAGAGUGACGCGUCUAUGGGAAUUCCUUUGAACUUUAAAGAUUCACGCCCCUCCAGAAAGGAAGGGCGAUCCCAGGAGAGGUCAAAGGUUUCCAGUGCUCAAUCUGUACUGCAGAAUCAAACAGAGCUGAUCAAGAGGGCGGAGGAGAAGGCACAUGCUUUUCUAGACAAGGAGCUGAAGAAGCUCUGGAGGGAUCUCUUCUCUGAUUAUCCACAAUGCUCAGAGAGUCAGAGGGAGGAGGAGGAGGAGGUGGAUGGUAAGAACGAGGAGCAGAGGAGGCGCGCCAUAGAGGGAGUGGUAGACAUCACAAAGCUCUGCCUGAUGGAGAUGAACCAGGAGGAACUGGCCGACAAGCUGUGGAGUGGAGCUGUUGCUGCCCAGUACCAACAUAAACUCAAGUCUCAUCUGAAGAAGAAGUUCCAGUGUGUGCUUGAGGGAAUCGCAAAAGCAGGAGAGCAAAGACCUCUGAAUGAGAUCUACACAGAGCUCUUGAUCACAGAGAGAGGCAGUGGAGAGGUCAACAAGGAACAUGAGGUCAGACUGAUUGAAAAGGCUUCCAGGAAGCCAGCCAAUGAGGAAACACCAAUUAGAUGUGAAGACAUCUUUAAACCCUUACCUGGACAAGAUAAACCAAUCAGAACAAUAAUGACAACCGGAGUGGCUGGCAUUGGUAAAACCGUCUUAACACACAAGUUCACUCUGGACUGGGCUGAAGGCAAAGCCAACCAAGACAUAGAAUUCACAUUUCUCCUCACUUUCAGAGAGCUGAAUUUACUGAAAGGGAAAGUGUUUAGCUUAGUGGAACUUCUGCAUCAGUUUUCUGUUGAAACCAAAGAAUCAGGAAUCUACAGAUACGACCAUGACCAAGUAGUCUUCAUCUUGGAUGGUCUGGAUGAGUGUCGACUUCCUCUGGACUUCCAGAACAACCCGAUCUGGACUGAUAUCACAGAGCCGACCUCAGUAGACGUGCUGCUGACAAACAUCAUAAGGGGAGUCCUGCUUCCCUCUGCUCACAUCUGGAUAACCACACGCCCUGCGGCAGCCAAUCAGAUCCCUGCUGAGUGUGUUGACAUGGUGACAGAGGUGAGAGGGUUCAAUGACGCACAGAAGGAGGAGUACUUCAGGAAGAGAUUCAGAGAGGGGACACUGGCAAGCAAAAUCAUCUCUCACAUCAAGAAAUCUCGAAGCCUCCACAUCAUGUGUCACAUCCCAGUCUUCUGUUGGGUCACUGCUACAGUUCUGGAGGACUUCUUCAAAACAUCCCAGAGAGGAGAAGAGGUGCCCAAGACUGUGACUCAGAUGUACAGCCACUUCCUGAGGGUUCAGUCCAUACAGGGGGACAGGAAGUAUCAUGGGAGAACUAAAACUGAUCCACACUGGAGUUCGGAGAGCAGGGAGAUCAUUGUUUCUCUGGGGAAACUGGCUUUUAACCAGCUGGAGAAAGGUCAGCUGAUUUUCUACGAGGCAGACUUGGCAGAGUGUGGCAUCGAUAUCAGAGCAGCCUCAGUGUACUCAGGAGUGUUCACCCAGAUCUUUAAAGAGGAGUGUGGGCUGUACCAGGAUAGGGUGUUCUGCUUUGUCCAUCUGAGCAUCCAGGAGUUUCUGGCUGCCCUUUAUGUCUUUCUGUGCUACAUCAACACUGGUGUCAAUCUGAUCUCAGAAGAACAGCCAACCUCCAGGGAAGAGGAACUCCUCCUCUACAAGAGUGCUGUGAACAAGACCUUACAGAGUGAGAACGGACACCUGGACUUGUUUCUCCGCUUCCUCCUGGGCCUCUCUCUAGAGACCAAUCAGAUGUUGCUACAAGGUCUUCUGGGACCAGGAGCAAAUACAUUACUGGGCAAUCAAACUAAAAAAGUCCUGCCGGGACUGACAGAAAGAGGGUCACAGAGCAAUAACCAAAUCGUCCAUUACAUCAAGCAGAAGAUAGGUGGAGAUCUCUCUCAAGAGGGAAGCAUCAAUCUGUUCCACUGUCUGAAUGAGCUGAACGACCGUUCACUAGUGGAGGAGAUCCAACAGUACCUGACAUUAGGAAGUAUCUCAAGAGAAUCUCUCUCCUCUGCUCAGUGGUCAGCUCUGGUCUUCAUCGUACUGACAUCAGAAGAGGAGCUGGAUGUGUUUUACCUGAAGAAAUACUCUGCUUCUGACGAGGCUCUACUGGGGCUGCUGCCAUUGAUCAAAGCCUCCAAAACAUCUCUGCUGAAUGACUGUCAGCUGUCAGAGAGAUGCUGUGAAGCUCUGGCCUCAGUUCUCAGCUCCAACUCCUCUAGUCUGAGAGAGCUGGACCUGAGUAAAAAUGAUCUGCAGGAUUCAGGAGUGAAGCUGCUCUCUACUGGACUGGGGAGUCCACACUGUACACUGGAAACUCUCAGGCUGAAUGGCUGUGAUCUGUCAGAGAGAUGCUGUGAAGCUCUGGCCUCAGUUCUCAGCUCCAACUCCUCUCGUCUGAGAGAGCUGGACCUGAGUACCAAUGAUCUGCAGGAUUCAGGAGUGGAGCUGCUCUCUGCUGGACUGGGGAGUCCACACUGUACACUGGAAACUCUCAGGCUGAUUGGCUGUCAGCUGUCAGAGAGAUGCUGUGAAGCUCUGGCCUCAGUUCUCAGCUCCAACUCCUCUACUCUGAGAGAGCUGGACCUGAGUAACAAUGAUCUGAAGGAUCCAGGAGUGAAGCUGCUCUCUGCUGGACUGGGGAGUCCACACUGUACACUGGAAACUCUCAGGUUGUCUGGCUGCCUGGUCACACAGGAAGCCUGUGCUUCUCUGGCCUCAGCUCUGAGCUCCAACCCCUCCCAUCUGAGAGAGCUGGACCUUAGCUACAAUCACCCAGGAGACUCUGGAGCUGCGCUGCUCUCUGCUGGACUGGAGGAUCCACGCUGGAGACUGGACACUCUCAGUGUGGAGCACGGUGGAGUGUGCAGGCUGAAACCAGCUCUAAAGAAGUAUGCCUGUGAACUCACCCUGGACCCAAACACAGCCUUCAAAGGACUCUCUCUGUCUGAGGAAAACAGAAAGGUGACGCGGGUUGUAGAGAACCAGUCGUAUCCGGAUCUCCAAGAGAGAUUUGACUACUGGUCCCAGGUGUUGUGUAGAGUGGGUCUGACUGGCCGCUGUUACUGGGAGGUAAAGUUGGAAGGAGGUGUUGAUAUAGGAGUGACAUACAGAGGAAUCAGAAGGAGAGGAGCGGGUAAUCACAGCGCGUUUGGACAGAACAACAAGUCCUGGAGUCUUGGUUUAGUUGAUAGUGGUUACAGUACCUUUCACAACGGUAGUCUCAAAGUCAUACGUCUGCCUCCCCCUCGCUCUAACAGAGUAGGAGUGUAUCUGGACCGGCCCGCUGGCACUCUGUCCUUCUACAGAGUGUCCCCAGGUGGAGGAGGGUCCUCAGACACACUGAAACACAUCCACACCUUCCAGUCCAUCUUUAGCGAGGAAGACCUCCUCCCUGGGUUUAGGUUAAAUAAGCCUGGUACCUCAGUGUCUCUGUGACCAGUAUAGCCACACAAACAGAAACAUAGAAACACACACACAUCGUUCACAAAUCUAUAAACAGACACACACACAUACACAGAGACCCAUAGAAACACACACACACACACACACAUAUGGACACAAACAUAAAACGCACACACACACAUCAUUCAUGAAUCUAUAAACACAUACGCACACACACAUAUGCACAUGUAUACAGACAUAAACACACUGACACAUAUGUACAUAGACAUAAACACAAAAACACACGCACAAGCACAUUGUUUAUGAAUCUAUGUACACACACACACACGUACACUGACUAACCUCAGACCUCUCCAGCCUGCCCCGAUCCCACCCCCCUCUGGCUGCGUCCACUUUGCCCUCCUCAACACUCGUUCACUCACCAAUAAAGCCCCCAUCAUACAUGAACUCAUCCUUGAUAAUAACCUCGACCUCCUUCUACUUACUGAAACCUGGCAACAACCCAAUGAAUUUUUCUCCCUCAACCAAGCAUCUCCCCCUGGUUUCAGCUACAUCGCCAAACCCCGCCCCUCUCGCCGUGGAGGUGGUCUCGCCGUCAUACAUAAAGAGACCUAUUUGAUUAAAGAACUCACCCUCCCUUCAGUAGUAUCAUCCUUUGAAUUCAUUGCUUUCAAAGCCCCCUCCGCCACAACAGUUAUCCUCAUCUACCGGCCACCCAAACCUAAUCCCUCAUUCCUCUCUGACUUCACUGAACUCCUCACACUAGCAUCAACCCUCUCUCCACGUCUGCUGUAACUUUGGUGAUUUUAAUAUCCACAUGGACUCCCCCACUUGCAAGCUCUCAUUUGAAUUCACCACUUUAUUGGAAAGUUUCUCUCUCGCCCAACAUGUCACCUUCCCCACCCAUGACAAAGGACACAUCCUUGACCUUGUCUGCUCCAUUAAUCUCCCUGUACUUGACCUCCGGCCAUGCCCCUUUCCCCUCUCUGAUCACAACCUUUUACGGUUCUCCAUCCUCUCCCCCAUCUCCCGCCCUCGCCCCCUUAGAGAAAUCACCUUCCGUAACCUAAAAUCCAUUGACCCCCACCAUCUCUCUGACCUGCUCUCCUCCACCCUCCCCCUCGACUCAACCCUCAUCUCACCUGAUGAGCUCACAAACCACCUUAAUGCUGCCCUGUCUUCCUCCCUCAACACUCUGGCCCCCCUCAAAACCAAAACUGUCUCCUUUAAUACCUCCUCACCCUGGUUCACACCUGCACUCCGCAAAUUGAAACAAACCGGCCGCCAACUCUCGACUCUCCAAAAAAACCUCACUCACGGUCCACCACCAAGCCUACAAACUCCACCUCACUGCCUACAAAGACGCCCUCACCGCCGCCAAGUCUGCAUACCUCUCCGCCAUCUUUUCUGACCCCUGUCAAAACCCCAGAACCCUCUUCUCCACAGUGAGCAACCUCCUCAAACCGCGGACCAGCGCCCUCUCCACCUCCACCCCAGAUCUCUGCAACUCAUUCCUCCAGUUCUUCGCCGACAAAAUCACUGCAAUCAACCAUUCACUAUUCCCUGUACAUAACCCCCCUGCACACUCAAUGGCCCCUCCCCUACCCAUCUCUCUGGACCUUCCAACACCUCCUCCCCAUUGCCGUCUCACCCACUUUGACCUGAUUACCCCUCCUGCACUCUCCAAACUUAUAGGCUCCUCCAAACCUACUACCUGCUCCCUCGAUCCCCUCCCCACUCCCCUGCUCAUGUCCUGCCUCCCCGUUCUCUGCCCUUACCUCACUAAGCUCUUCAACUCCUCACUGUCCCAUGGAACUGUCCCCUCUGCCUUCAAAUCUGCUGCUGUCACCCCCAACCUCAAGAAACCUGGUCUCGACCCCUCCUCCCUCAGUAACUACCGCCCAAUCUCCAACCUCUCCUUCCUCUCCAAAACCCUUGAACACAUCGUCACCACACAACUCCAAUCCCAUCUCCACGCCAAUAACCUUUUUGAAUCCCUCCAAUCUGGCUGCCGCCCCCUCCACAGCACAGAAACCGCUCUCCUCAAAGUCCUCAAUGACCUCCUCACCUCUGCCGACUCUGGUUCCCUCAACCUCCUUGACCUGAGUGCAGCCUUCGAUACUGUAAACCACACCAUCCUGCUCACCAGACUCAGCAACCUCGGAAUCGAAGGAACUGCACUCAGCUGGCUUCACUCCUACCUCUCCGACAGAUCUCACUUCAUCUCCCUCCACAACCACACAUCUGCCACAGUCACCGUCACACAAGGCGUUCCCCAAGGUUCUGUACUUGGCCCCCUCCUCUUCAUCAUUUACCUCCUCCCCCUUGGUCAGUUAUUCCGCCAUUUCUCCAUGGACUUCCACUGCUACGCCGACGACACCCAGAUUUACCUCAGCACCAAAUCCCCCCACAACCCCCCCCCCUCUCCCACAUUGAAUCCUGCCUGUCUUCACUCACUCUCAAAAAAAAUAACUUCCUGAAACUUAACAGCAACAAAACUGAACUCCUCCUCAUUGGCUCCAAAUCCACCCUCAGUAAAUUCGCAAACCCCCUCACACUCACUAUCGACGGCACCACGGUCUCCCCCAGGCCCGCAACCUUGGCGUAAUCUUUGAUUCCACCCUCUCCCUUGAACCCCACAUCCGCCACACUGUCAAAACCUCCUUCUAUCACCUCCGUAAUAUUGCAAAGAUCAGAUCCUCCCUCACACCCCACGCUGCAGAAAGACUCAUCCAUGCCUUCAUCUCCUCCCGCCUUGAUUAUUGCAAUUCACUCCUCGCCGGCAUCUCCACCAACAGACUCCAACUGGUCCAGAAUGCAGAAGCCCGUCUCCUCACUCACACUAAAGUGUGGCACCACAUCACCCCAGUCCUCAAGAAUCUCCACUGGCUCCCCAUCUCACAUCGGAUCCACUACAAACUCCUGGUCCUCACCUACAAAGCCCUCCACCAUAUGGCCCCACCAUAUCUCUCUGAUCUUCUCUCCCUCUACCAACCCCCCCGGGCCCUCAGAUCCUCCUCAGCUGGUCUCCUCUCCACCCACACAUCAAAACUCCGCAGCCUAGGUGACAGAGCCUUCUCCAGGACAUCUCCCAGGCUCUGGAACUCCCUCCCCCAACAUAUUCGUGACUCUGAGUCCCUCACCAUCUUCCAGUCCCGCCUCAAGACUCAUCUCUUCUCCUCACCUACCCCUAGAUCACUCACCAACCCUACCCCCAUCAACUCUAACUUUUUUUCUUGUUUAUCUAUUUUUGUGCCCCUAUGUAAAGCCCUUUGAGUGUGUGAAAAGUGCUAUAUAAAUUGAAUCUAUUAUUAUUAUUAUAAACAAACCCACACAUUGUUCACUAAUCUAUAAACAAACCCACCCCCCCACACACACAUAAAACCACACACAAUCAGAAACAUGCACACACACAUUUACAGACAUGUACACAGACAUACAUACACACACACACACAUUGUUCAUGAAUCCAAACAAACAGCAGGUCUGUGUUCCGGUGGUAAGCAGCAGGUAACAUCAGUGUCUCUCGGUGGUUCAUCUCUCAGCCCUCUCUGUGUUCAGCUGGGCUGCUGAGCGUCAGAUUAGAGGGGGCCGCUUGGGUCUGGGGGGGUCCUCACAGUCCAGACGUUGUUGAGGACCAGCUGUUAGGGGGACGUUUGAAUACCUGUGGACCCAUGGACGUACCUGUAGUGCAUCGGGUUGUUGAGCAGCAGCUGUUGGUGCUCUGAGGGGUCAACCCGUUCAGUGGAAGUACAACACUUUGUGUUUGAUUUAAAUACUCCACUGUGCUCCAAAUGCUGCAUUUUAUUGGGCUUCUGAAAGGUUCAGCAUGACAAACCAUGAAAGGAAGAUUUUCCUUUGGGUUAAGCAGGUUACACAAAGAUUUACUUUAAUGUUGAUUGACGGUAUGUUAUCUUGCUACAAUAUUUUAUAUAUUUUCAACAUCGUAUUAAAGGGAUCUAAAAUCAGUUUCUAUUUUGACAUGCCUGACAUGGAACGUGAUUUAAAGCAGAUUUAACAACAUAAUCAUAAAUGAUGAUAAGGGUUCUAUGGGAAAGGGUAACAAUGUUGUAAAUUACUUUAAACGGAAAAUCGGUUAUUUGUGUUCUGUUGGGAACAACAAGUCACAUGUUCAGUUAUUAAAGAUGCCUGUUUAUGAUUUGUAAUUGUUCAUCAAGCAUAAUGUUGAUAAACAACUCGGUGCAUCAACUGAA